AUGGUUAAAGAUGAUAAUAUGAAAGAUAUUGAAGAUGAUCAUGAAGAUGAACAUGAAGAAGAGGAAGAACAUGAAGAAGAGGAAGAACAUGAAGAUGAGCAUGAGGAAGAGGAAGAAGAACAUGAAGAAGAGGAUGGUGGAGAAAAAACUAAAAGUAAAAAUAAAGAUAAAGAUAAUACAAAUGAUGAAAAAAAGAAAUCAAAAAGACGUACACGUGUUGAAGGUGAUAUUCAAUUACCAGUUGCAAGAAUUAAAAGAAUAAUGAGAUGUGAUAAAGAUGUUAAAAUAAUUUCUUCUGAUGCUGUUAUGUUAGUUGCAAAAUCGACUGAAAUGUUUUUAGAUUAUUUAGUCAAAGAAGCAUAUAAAUCAAGUGGCAAAAAGAAGACUUUACAAUAUAAAGAUUUAGCUUCAACAAUUAAAGGUGUAGAUAAUUUAGACUUUUUAUCAGAGAUUAUACCUGAAAAAGUUUCAAUAUAA